AUGGCGGGCACCACCUCAAGCUUCUACAACUCCGUUGCUCGCACGAGCCAGCCGGCCACCGCCGCGUGCGCCGGCAGCCGGUGUUCGCCGGCGAGGAAGACGUGCCCGAUCGACGCGCUGAAGCUGAACGCGUGCGUGGACGUGCUGAGCGGGCUGGUGCACCUGGUGAUCGGGCGGGAGGCGCGGAGCAAGUGCUGCCCGCUGGUGCAGGGGGUGGCGGACCUGGACGCGGCGCUGUGCCUCUGCACCACCAUCCGGGCGCGGGUGCUCAACAUCAACAUCUACCUCCCCGUGGCGCUCCGGCUGCUCAUCACCUGCGGCAAGCACCCGCCCAACGGCUUCCAGUGCCCCACCGACCUCGACGCCUAG